UGGGGCCGUGCGGAGGCGUCGAUCCACACCUACGGGCGCGAGUCGUUCCGCGAGGUGGGCAACGCUUUCCUCCUCUCCGGCGGCAGCGAGGGCAUCGUCGCCGACGGGGUCGAUCUCGCCGCCCCCGCCUCCUCCUUCAUCAAGUAAGGCCAGGGGUGUGUGCUUUUCUGUGUGACGCGUUGCGUUUGGACGGGCUGUGAAUAGCGGCUCUAUCAUUGCUUUGCUUGCUCACUAACAUUUAAUUCGAGUUUGACGUGGUUUCUCGUGGAUUAAGCAUUUUAGCUUGCUCCCAUGCGCCUCAAAGAAAUUUUGGAUUGCUAACAGUUCAAGCUGCAUGCCUGCAACCCACAUUCUUCCCACCCAUUGUAAUUUUCAGUUCAUUAUGCACAAAAUUCGAGAGUUGUUGAUGCGUAUGUUGGCCUGUGUCGUAUUUGAGAUGAUGUUGGUGAGAUGAACAUGAUGAAGUAUUCACUUUUACUGACAGUUUUCUUUCUGUUUCAGUGUUUUAACUCUUUUGUUCACUGGAUUACCAAUAUGCUUGUAAACUGCUUUGAAACUUGUAGAUGUUUGUGAAUGUUACUUUCUGGAGGAACGCAGAAUCAGCAGAAUCACAUGCAAAAAUGGCACAUAGUACAGGCUUGGUGCAAGCUAUUUUAUUUGAAGCAGCUGACAGGGAUAACAUUGGGGGUUCUGCCUAUGGUGGACAGAGGUCCAUUUGUUGCACCCCUGACCUUGCUAAACUAGAGGGCUGCAAACAAGGUGAAGUAAUCAGGAGGCCAUCUUCUGAUGACCCAGCUUGGCCUGUCGUGGUAGAUACACACUUCAGUGCUAAUCACCUUUCAGUGAAGUUGGAUGAUGAGGAAGUUCACAUUACAAAGACAGGCAUGUACAACUUGUUCUUCAUUUCUUGUGAUCCAAAACUAAGGGGCCUUGCUAUGAGUGGGAAGACAAUCUGGAGAAAUCCUGGGGGGUACCUACCGGGACGAAUGGCACCUCUGAUGAGAUUUUAUGUUUUCAUGUCGCUGGCUUAUCUGUUAGUCAUGGUUGUCUGGUUUAGCAAUUACAUAAGGUUUUGGAGGGAUAUACUGCCAAUACAGAAUUGGAUCACACUAGUAAUUGCUCUUGGACUGUUUGAGAUGACACUAUGGUACUUUGAGUACUUAAACUUCAACAGCAGCGGUGUACGACCUGUCGGAAUUACAACUUGGGUUGUAACUGUUGGCGCUAUCAGAAAAACAAUUUCCCGUCUACUGAUCCUUUCUAUAUCCAUGGGAUACGGUGUUGUUCGCCCAACUCUAGGAGGGCUCACCUCUAAGGUUUUACUCCUUGGGCUUACAUAUUUCCUGGCUUCUGAAUUACUGGAUAUUUCAGAAAAUGUUGGAACAAUUAAUGACAUCUCAGGCAAAGCAAAGCUUUUCCUUGUCCUUCCUGAUGCAUUUUUGGAUGCUUUUCUCAUACUUUGGAUUUUCACUUCUCUUUCCCGCACUCUCGAGAAAUUACAGGCAAGGAGGAGUUCUGUGAAAUUGGAUAUAUACAGAAAGUUCACAAAUGCACUGGCGGUCUCUGUCAUAGCUUCAGUUGUCUGGAUUGGCUAUGAGGUCUAUUUCAAAGCAACAGAUCCCUUUAGUGAGAGAUGGCAGAGUGCCUGGAUCAUAACAGCCUUCUGGGACGUUCUUGCAUUUGUUUUGCUUAUUGUGAUAUGUUAUUUGUGGGCACCUUCCCAAAGCUCACAAAGAUAUGCAUAUUCAGGCGAAACUGUCGACGAUGACGAUGAUGAGGCUCAGUCUCUGACAAAAGGGUCUGAUGGUGAUGUGGGGAUGGUAAAGAUCGACAAAGACAGAAAUGCUGGUGUUAGCAGUGCUUUCAGCUUGGAAGAUGAUGAGGCUGAAGAGGACAAAAGAGAAUAGUAUUUCUUCCCUUGUUCCUUGUGCCCAGGUACCCCAGAAGCAAGUGGUUUGUUGGAGCGAGAAUGUUCCAUGGGUUCGAGUGUUUUUUUGGUGAUUCGAUGUCCUCUGAUGUUCCUACCUUAGACAGGUUUUGUUGUAGAAGCGUGUGAUUUUUACCCACACCGUGGAAGUGUGAUGACCCGUAUGGGGUGUGGGUCGGUGCUUGACUUUGAAGUGCCAGUGUGACAUUGCCCUCGUCUCGAGAAGGAACCCCAUACCAGAUUGGCGCUGAUGGGAACCGCUGAGGAGCCCCAUCCCAGGUUGGCGCCGAUGGGAACAGCUGGCGAAGCACCUCGUUGUCUUCGGGAGUGAAGACCAGUGUACUGUGAGUUGGACCAUGGCGGAGGUGCCCCUCUUGACCAUACGGUGAUUCAAAAUCGCCUCCCUAAGCAGGCUAGUUUCUGUCAAAUCAGGUGCCCGUGGAAGCUCGGAGAAGACGAGCGUGUAAUCAGGCGCGAAUGCUGGGAGACAGAAUACCAGGUGGAUACGGCUUUCCCGUGGCAGUGUUAGCUUGUACACCAGAUUUCCCACCUUCUGCUCGAUUUCUGGUGGCAGUGCGAGCUUGUACGCCAGACUUCACCUUCUGCUCGACGCCCGGGUGGUUCGUUUACCGUGGACUGGACGUACGACUGCAGCUAUGAGGACACGAUCCCCACGGCAUAUGUUGAGGUGGACAUUUUCAUGUGCAUGAAUGCAUGUUGUGGUGGGCCUUUUGCCAUGCAUGUUGCUUGAUGAUGUGGCAUACUUGCAUGUUGAGAGAAAUAUGUUAGUGAGGGUUAGCUAUUUAGAUAUAGAAGAUUCUUUGAUAAUUAACCCCCUCCCCAGCUUCUCCCAGAAUUGCCACUAUAUUUUCUUACAAUUCCUGGCUAAUUAGAUCUUAACUAGCUAGAAAUUGUAAAAAAAGAUGAAGUGGCAAUUCUGGAAGAAGCUGGGGAGGGGGUCAAUUCUUGGAGAAUUGCCCAAAAGAACUGGCCCUAAGGGUUGUUUGGUAGCAUGCAUAGUGUAUAGGCCAAAAAGUUCCCUA